ACAGCCUAAAACGCAAGUCACCAGCUAUGGCCACGUUUUCCCUCCUCGUCCUCUUCUCCCUCUUCCUCGUCCUCCCUCCCUGCCUUGUCGCAGAUCCUGACCAGCUCCAAGACAUCUGCGUAGCAGAUCUUAACUCGGACGUCAAGUUGAAUGGCUUCGCAUGCAAGCCUGCGGCAAAAGUCACAGAGGCGGACUUCUUCUUCAAGGGGCUGGCGACGGCCGGCGCCACCAACAACACCAUGGGCACCCUGGUGACGGCCGCCAACGUCGAGAAGAUCCCCGGGCUGAACACGCUCGGCGUCUCCCUAUCGCGCGUUGACUACGCCCCCGGCGGGCUGAACCCGCCCCACACCCACCCUCGUGCCACCGAGGUCGUCUUCGUCCUCGACGGCACCCUCGACGUCGGCUUCAUCACCACUGCCAACAAGCUGAUAGCCAAGACCAUUACCAAGGGCGAGGUGUUCGUCUUUCCCAGGGGGCUCGUUCACUUCCAGAAGAACAACGGUGCCGCUCCUGCCGCCGUCAUCGCCGCCUUCAACAGCCAGCUUCCUGGCACCCAGUCCAUCGCCGUUGCACUCUUCGCAGCUACCCCGCCGGUGCCCGACUACGUCCUCGCCCGGGCCUUCCAGAUCGGAUCCAAGGAGGUGGAAAAGAUCAAAAGCCGCCUCGCACCUGGGAAGUAAAAGCAAGAGAUGAAGUCAGCUGGGUUUACUGCCACUUCCUGCUUUAACUUAUCAUCGAUCAAAACUUGUUUGACAUUACUUUUCUGUCAUUCGGAUGGAACGCACUAAUGUUUGUUUAUUGUUCAUUCAAUCAUCAGAUAAAUGACAUUUCUCUUUCCCUUCUGAGA